UGAUCUAUUUAUGCUUACUUCGCAGAAUUGUUUUCCAGCUUCACCACUGAAUGUUCCCAUAGCUGCAAGCUUGGAAUGAUGACAGUCUCCCUCCGAGUAGAUUUGGGUGUUCCAGGCACAGGGCCUCAUCCUGUUAUACCAUCCUCCCAAGUACUGCAUGGCUUAUGCUUCUGAGCCAGAUGGAGUUCAAAUAUGUCAUCCUCAUCAUUCCAUUCCUCUUCUGACAGGUGUACACAGCUGAUAUGAUCUUGUACAGCCUGGGUCUUCCUGCCUUGCAUAGUGGCUGCAACCCAGGAGGCAUUCCGUAAAUACUGCUUUGGAUGAAUAAAUGGACUAAUGAACAUAUGCUCUCUUCUGUAGUAACAAUAAAUACCUGACAUUGUGUAUAACAGGCUCUAUGCUAAACUUUUCAUCUGCAUUAUCUUAUUUCAUAGAUAUAUAAAGAGAUACUAUUAUUAUCAGAAGGGACAAGGGAGCUAGCCUGGGUUUCUUUUAUAAGGUCACUAAUCCCAUUACCUCCCAAAGACCCCCCACCUCCUAAUUUUAUAUUUGAUACCGUGGCUCGGAAAGGUUAAGUUCCUUGCUCAGGGUUGCAUGUGGGUAGCCAUUGUAGAGUCAAAACCACUGAUUUCAGACCUAGUUUUCUUAACCACUACAGUCUUCUACCUCCUUUCUAUUUUUAUUAAUGAUAAUAGUAACCACUGCUUCUGUGUAUUUAGCGCUUACCAUGUUCCAAGCACACCACUAAGUAUUUUACCUUAUUCGAGUUGUUUGAUCCCCAAAACAACUCAUUAUGCCCCUCAGUAUGUAUUUUCCCCCCAUUUCCAAUCAUUAAGUGAACUUGGAUACCUUACUAGGAGUAAUCAUAUUUUGCAGGGUUUAUGUGACAAUUCUAGAGACUGUGUGUAAACCAUCAUGUACAGUGGCUGUGUAUGUAUAUAUCCUGGAAACAAAAUGCAUAUGCCCCAUCCUGAAAUCACCUUUGCAUACAUUAUUUGGAUAAACAAUUAAUUUGCAAGGCAGUAUCUUAGAAAUAGCAUACCCAAACACUGAACAAAAUGCCUCAGUCUCUUUCAACCUAAGCUAGCUGGAAGCAGAUCUCUUACAAAGUGAACACAGGUCAGUUUUCAAAACGAAGGAAAAGGAUCUCUCAGGUGGGCACAGCCUAGAAAAGGCCAGAUGUGGUCAGGAUGCCUCCAAAGGAUGGUUCCAACAGCCCAAUUGUAUGCAGGAGUAUAUUUUCUCAAUUGAAAAAUCAGCACACCACGUUUAAGAAGUGGGUAUUUUUUAAACUGAGAUAUGAGACAAUCAUAUCUAAUCUUAAAUGUAUGCUAGAUAAUUUUUUUACACAUGGAUACACCCCGGUAACCCCACCCCAGAUCAAGAUACAGAAUAUUUCCAGCAGCCCAUAAGGUUCCCUGUAUCCAGAGUGGUUUGUAAUCAACAAAGAAACUGAAAAUCAGAACAGAAAACCAGAAGGCAGGUAAGGAAAUUCGAAAGCUGGGCAAACUAAAGGCUGGAUUUGGGGGGGAGGAUAUUAGGUGAGAAUAAGACAAACUCGACUUCUAUCUCCUCUCCAUGGUGGGUGUAGAGUACUUCUGUGAUUCGCAUUCCUUAUGCCCAUCGGUCCUCACAAUGAUGCUGCCAUACAGUCAAGACUUAGCCCUUUUUUGCACGUGAGUAAACAGAAACAUCCCCACCUGAAGCAGCAGACAAAAAGAACUGGAUGUCUAGAAUAUGCGCUGCGGAUCCAGCCACGUGGCAGCGGGAAAGUUGGAAGGCCUGGCGUCAGGUUACCUAGCAGUGCCAAUCCAGCCCGCCCAUUGGCGGGCGUCCCAGACCCCAGGUAUAAAGGCUCAGGACGACUGCCUUUAAACCGUCCUGAACCCCUCUGCACGCGCUUUGGUCUUCCCGGAGGCUGUGCGCCUCUACAGGUUGGUGCCCCAGGCGGAACGGUGCGGAGACCUAUAUGACGCUGGACCCCAGGUACAUUAGCAGAGACCCGUAGCCUUGCUGAACUCCCCCAGAGACUCGUUCGCGGCGCUUUGCGCUUAAACGGGGGGAGCAAGUCGAAUAUCUUGGAAAGCAUGAUAAUUAUUUUAUUUCUCUCUGAGGAUUAGAGUGCAAUAAUCCAAGGAUUCAGGAAACUAUUGCACAAGCACAGUGCCUCUUGGCACCGAGGACAGCGCAUCUCCGCCUUUAGGCUAGCAAGGGCUGGUCUAGAUUAAGGCAACAAACCCAAAGUGUACACUACUACGGAAUAGAGAAGAACGGCUGUUUUACCGUACACUGAAACUUCUGCAAUAGCAGCGUGAGGGGCAGUGUGCCUGGUUCCGGGGGAGGCAGGAGGAGCAGCCCGUAAGUAGAAGAGGCGGGAAUUGCUGAGGCCUGCAGGGCUCAUUCUGACGAUCCGUGUGUGCUUGUGCUUUGCAGGCUGACCAGCUCCAGCAGAGCUUCCUCUGGAAACGGCGUCUGCUGCCUGAUGUGGUGCCUGGAGCGGCUCCGUUUGGGACCAGGGCACCUCCUGCGGGGCAGAAACCGGCUCUUCCAGGAUCGGGCCGGCAGCGCCACGGCCCUCACGCCGGCCGCAAACGUGCUCACCCCGGACCGCAUCCCCGAGUUCUGCAUCCCCCCGCGACUCGCGCCCUGCCGGACCCUGGCUGCAAUCCGAGAUUCCUGGGGCGAGCGAGCCGGGACAGACGAGGGCGCGGGGCGCACGGACUGGGACCCGCGCUCGCAGGCCGCGCUCUCGCUGCCGCACCUGCCCCGGGCGCGCACCGCCUACGGCUUCUGCGCGCUGCUCGAGAGCCCGCACACCCGCCGCAGGGAGUCGCUCUUCCUCGGGGGCCGCGGAGCCGCCGCGCUCCUGCCCGCGCCCCGCCCCCGGGCCCGCACCUACGGCGGCGGCGGCGGAGACGCGCCCCUCGCGCUCCCGGGAAGAGGCCCCGCGUCGCCCGCCGCGGCCCCCGGCGGCCCCCGCCCGCCCCCGGACGCGCUCGCCCCGCGGCCGCGCGGCCGCCGCCUCCUGCGCGCCCCCGAGGGGCUGCUGCGCCGCGCGCUGCGCGCCGGGAGGAGCCGAGGCCUGGCCCGCGCGCGCUCCGUCUCCAGCGGGGACGGGGAUGACGAUGAGGACGACGAGCGCCGCGCCGGCUCUCGGUUCCCGGCCGGGGCUCCCGCCGCGUCGCCGUCGCCGCCCCCCGACCCGCGGCCCGAGCGCCUGGAGGCCGAGGGCACCGUGACUCUGGGCCGCGCGGGCGGCGCCCUGCGCCUGGCCGCCGAGUACAGUCGGGCCAGCGGGCGCCUCCGCGUCCGGCUGCUCCGCGCCGAAGGCCCGGCCGGAGGGGCCGCCGAGCCCCGCGCCCCCGUCGGGUGCCGCGUCAGCUUCGUCCUGCAGCCGCCGGGCCAGACGCGCCGGCCGCGGGGCGCCGUGGUCCGGCGGAGCCGCCGGGCCGUGUUGGAGCAGGACCUGUGCUUGGACGGGCUGUCGGAGGACGAGGUGCGCCGCCUGGCCGUGCGCGUCAAGGCCGAGGACCGCGGCCGCGGGCCGGAGCGGGGCCGCCUGCGGGGCCAGGGCGAGCUGCUGCUGGGCCCCCUCCUGCUGCUCUGAGGGCGCGCUCUGCCCCUCGGGCCUCUCGGACGCUAAGAGAAGCUUUGUACAAAAUAAACGUGUUUU